AAUCCAACGUGGUACAGAUACCAAAGAAACUUCAUGCUCGAACUGAAAAUGUCUUCAAACUAAUAAUGACGGUAUGAAGACGGCUGCAGCACUGCUCUUCCUAUUAAUAACCGCUUCUGUUUCCAAAAUCGCGUUAUCCUUGCACAGUGGAACUAAUUGUGAAACAAGAACGUUUCCGGAACCCCGCAUCGCUUCCGACUUGAGUUUCGAUAUCUCCUUCGAAGUGAACAAGAUCGUCGCGGAAAUAUCGCGUAAUAACAGUAAUUUUUCCGACAUAUCCCAGCAGGUUUUAUCCCUUCACCCGGAAAUUACGGGAAUAAUUCUCUCGUCUUCGGUUCGUCUACCAAUAUUAAGUCUGAAUAUUCGCGAAAGAUUAAAGAUUUUUCCCAAUCGCACGAUUGAGACGGAUGUAUUUUGGCGAACGUUCGAGACUACGAACAAUGGGUGGGGUGCACCAUUUCUCGACUGCAAUUUUUUGCAGGGUGUGUGGUUUUACGCGUACGUGUUAAAAUCGGCCGACGUCGGAUUAGGACUUUUCGUACCGAUCAAAUUAAACCAGUGCGACUAUGAACUAGCGGAUAUAUUUGGAGGACCGCAUCAGUGCGACGAGGACACGACCAAAGUAAGUAUCUACUUUGAUUAG